AUGAUCCCCAGAAAGAUCCCAGGAAACUUGAAUGGUCGGUUUAUCAGAUCUUUUGCUACCCUUGAGAAUGCCAAAAAGACCAGAAGAAGAAGAACGGUGUUCACUGAUGAAUUGAACAAGGGCCCAUCCUUCGAUGACUUUGUUUCGGGUAAAGCAGCAGAUGUAUUCGUCGAUCCCUUAGAAGCAGCUCGUAAAGAUCCGGAGCUGAAGCUUCCAAAAUGGUUAAAAGUUCCUAUUCCGAAAGGAAAAUCUUUUCAUAACGUUAAGAAAGAUGUACGUGAGCUCAAGCUAGCCACCGUGUGUGAAGAGGCCAAAUGUCCCAAUAUUGGCGAAUGUUGGGGUGGAAAGAAGUCAGAAGCUACCGCAACAAUUAUGUUGUUGGGAGAUACGUGUACUAGAGGCUGUAGAUUCUGCUCGGUGAAAACCAACAGGAACCCAGCCAAACCGGAUCCUUUGGAGCCGGAAAACACAGCAGAAGCUAUCCUGAGAUGGGGCUUGGGCUAUGUCGUAUUGACCACAGUAGACAGAGAUGACUUGGUUGAUGGUGGUGCAAACCACUUGGCAGAAACUGUUCGUAGGAUUAAGCAGAAAGCACCCCAAAUCUUAGUGGAAGUUUUGGGAGGUGACUUCAGGGGUGAUUUGAACAGCUGUGAGAUCUUGGCAAUGUCUGGUUUAGAUGUGUAUGCUCACAAUUUGGAAACUGUUGAAGCGUUGACUCCUCAUGUGAGAGAUCGGAGAGCCACUUACAGACAAUCAUUAUCAAUUCUUCAGAAAGCAAAGCAAACCAAUUCAUCUCUAGUUACCAAAACCUCAUUAAUGCUUGGUUUUGGAGAAACUGAUGCACAAAUUAUGCAAACCUUGAGGGAUUUGCGUGAAAUUAAGUGUGAUGUCGUCACAUUUGGUCAAUACAUGAGACCAACCAAGAGACAUAUGAAAGUUGUUGAAUACGUGAAACCAGAAAAAUUCGACUACUGGAGAGAUAUCGCUCUAGAAAUGGGAUUCUUGUACGUCGCAAGUGGUCCCUUGGUGAGAUCUUCUUAUAAAGCCGGAGAAGCUUUCAUUGAAAAUGUUUUGCGGAAAAGAAAGCACAAUGUUGGCGAGGUUGCUCGUUUGGAGCAGGUUAACAACAAGGAGAUCUCUCAGGUGUGA